AUACAUCCAACGAAUAAUAUUUGUUAACGUAUUUCGAUAAAAAACAAUUGCCACGUGCUUUUCGGGAAGCCGGUCUUUUCGGAGAAGUCGGCCAUUUUAGUUCUCGUACUCGAUCAUUGUAGGAGCGAGGUCUCAGUAGGCACGUUAUCUUCUUCGGUUCUUGUCAAGUUUUGUGGUGUUUAACCAUUAUCAUCGUUCAAAAUGGCCAAGGCAGCAGCCGCAAUCAAGAAACUGAUGCCCAUGUUUGAUAGGGUUCUAGUUUUACGGGCAGAGGCUGUAACUAAAACCAAAGGUGGCAUUGUUAUCCCUGAAAAAUCACAAGGAAAAGUUCUUCAUGGGACUGUUGUAGCUGUUGGUCCAGGAGCUAGAAACCAGAAUGGAGAAUUAGUUCCACCACAAGUAUCAGUUGGUGAUAAUGUUCUUUUGCCUGAAUACGGUGGCACCAAAGUGGACAUUGAGGAAAAUAAAGAAUACCACUUGUUUAGGGAAACAGAUAUCCUUGCGAAAUUGGAAAUGUAAAGAAAAAUUUCCAAAGAUAUCUCUUGGACAGAGUCCAUCGUAAAUUGGUAGUGUUAACUGAGAUAAAGACUUUUAUGAGGAGUGAGAAUGUACUAGAUUAGUAUUUCCCAGUUUUGUUUUUGUAUCGCCUCGUUGUUGCUAUAAAUAAAAUUUUCUUUAUUAUGUACCUUUUUUUUUGUAAAUUUUUUAUUGAUAUCGUUUUUAUUAUGUAUGCUGGCUAUGUUGUUUGAUUAUAAAUCAAAUUGUUUAAACACAUUAGUCAAAGUCUUGUAAUAAAGUUAUAUCUUAAGGUCUAUUAAGUGUUAAAUGUUAUUAAUAUGUUUACCCAAUUUUUAAUUCUGGUUUUAACACAGAUUAGUCUGUAUGAUGAAGAUUAGUCAUUUGUAUAUUACAGAAAAUGACUGGUCCUUGUAUGUUUGUUGGGGCUAUGAGGCUCAAAACUUCUAGGUCAUCAAUGCCUGUAAAUUACUUUCUUUUGUUUAUCUCUGACUUAAAUUUAAUUGAUUCUUGUUCUGUCAGUUUAAAUUAAAUUCUAUUUUUUAUAUUAAUAAAAAGAGAGAGAUGCCUGAAUUUUGUAAAUGGCCGUGCAAAAAAUUAC